AUGGCGCCCAAUUCCAAACAGACAAUCUCCGAUUCUGCUAAAAUCAACAGUAACAUGGAGGCGCACUAUAGAGGAGUUAGGAAGAGGCCAUGGGGGAGAUACGCCGCCGAGAUCCGUGAUCCUCACAAGAAAACUCGUGUCUGGUUAGGCACCUUUGAUACGGCGGAGAAGGCCGCUAAAGCUUACGACGCGGCGGCGCGUGAGUUUCGUGGUCCUAAGGCGAAAACUAAUUUUCCUAUGUAUUAUUACAAUGGCUUGAGUCAAUACAGUCCGAGUCAGAGCAGUACCGUUGAGUCUUCGAGUCGCGAUCCGGAACCGGUGGUGGCGUUUGAUCUCAACCUCUCGUACGGCGUCGCUGCUACCUCAGCUGUGGAAAAAGAAAACGGAUAUUUCACGCCGCCGGCGAGCCAGAUACAGAUGCUAUACUUUGACGAAAGCCUUUCCGCCGUUCCUGCACACUGCGAAGGCUCCGACUCCUCGUCAGUUGUCGACGGGAAUCCGUCUCCGUCGCGGCGGCUUAUUGGAAUCGAUCUCAACUUUCCGCCACCAGAGGAAUAA